AUUGCAAUUCCCUCCUAGCAUCCCCACACGACACAGGUCUCACAGGCGACAGUAGCAAUUUAUAUUUGUGUAUAUGUGUGUGAGACAGUGAAAAGCAUCAGAUACCAUGACUAUUAGAAACACUCUCCGGGAUCAUGGACAGAGGUAUCGACCACGGAUGGCUUGCCUCAAGAAGGCGGAGAAGGUGAUGCUGGAGAUGCAGGACCCCAAAACAGGAGUGAAGUCGCAGCCUCAGAGACUUGUUAUCACAACAAUACCGCAUGCUAUUACUGGUGAAGACAUAAUUGCGUGGUUAGCAGACAGAUUCCAGAUAGACACACAAGAGGCGAAGAACUUUGGCUCUAUGCUCGUGGCGUUAGGAUACAUCUACCCUCUACAAGACCACAAACGUUUAGUGAUCAAACAAGAUGCAUCCCUCUACCGCUUCCAGACACCGUAUUUCUGGCCCACACAGCAGUGGCCCGUAGAUGAUACAGAUUAUGCAAUUUACUUGGCGAAAAGAAACAUACGUAAGAAAGGCAUCCUGGAGCUGCAUGAGCAGGAGCAGUAUAACCGCCUUCACAAGUGGAUGAAUCAUAAAUGGGAUUUCAUAGUGAUGCAAGCUAAAGAACAGUACAGAGCUGCAAAGGAGAGAAAGAAACCGGACCGUGUGGUGUUUGAGUGCCAGGAGAGGGCCUACUGGGUGGUUCACAGACCUCCGCCAGGGACAGUGAGUGCCAUGGACUAUGGACUGGACCGACGAAUAGAUCCAAACGCAGAUGAGGAAAAAACACCCGACGUUUACGAGAGAAUCAUGAUCUUUACUCAGCAGUCCAUCAUGAGGCCCAGAGUGAAGUCAUCUGUAUCCAUUGGCGCAUUAGUGAAGUACUGUGCCACCUAUAUCAGCCACGACCCUUUCCUCUCCAAGUGUCUUCCCAGCAACCCCUGGCUCACUGAUGACGUCACAUACUGGACUUUGAACAUGCCCAAUGUGGAAAUACCAACUAAAAUGCGUGUGGAGAGGUGGACGUUCAGCUUUGGAGAGCUGCUGUCAGACCCUCGAGGACGAGAUGAUUUCAGACUCUUCCUUAAGAAAGAAUUCAGCGGUGAGAACUUGGCAUUCUGGGAGGGGUGCGAAGAUCUGAAGUGGGGUACUGCUGCGACGAUGAGAGAGAAAGCAGAGCAGAUCUACAAGACAUUCUUGGCACGUGGUGCACCCCGAUGGAUCAACAUCGAUGGAAAGACCAUGGAAAUCACUGUGAAAGGCCUGAAACACCCACACAGAUAUGUCCUGGACGCAGCCCAAACUCACAUCUACAUGCUCAUGAAGAAGGACUCAUACGGCCGGUACAUGAAAUCUCCAGUGUUCAAGGAUACAAUGAAAAAGGCCAUCUGUCCUGAGGAGCACAAGUUCUCUGAUUCCCAGUUGGAGCAGAAUGCAAAGAACAGACGGCCCAGUCUCAGCCCCAUCAUCCUACGGCAGCAGGAGCAGGAGCAGAGGGCCAAGAUGGCCGCCAAUGUUGACAUCACACAGGUCAUGAGCAAACUCAGCAAGCAGGGCAAGGAGGCGCCUCCUCCUCCUGGUCCUAAUAAGAAAUGAACACAAACAUUAUGUUCAGUUAUCUUUCAGAUAAAUCGGGAUUAGGAUUUUUAUUUUAUUUUGUUUUAUUAAAUUAUUUAGUGGAUUAAUUUAAAUAGACACCAGAGUUUAUUUGUUAAUGAUAAUGUUUACAUUUUAAUGCCAUUUUAGUUUAGGUUUAAAGCUGCUAAAAUCAAUAUUUUUAAAAUAACAUUAGAUCAAAUGAGUGGUUUAUGCUGAAAGGGGUUGCUGACAAGCCCAUUAUUAUAGGAUUAUAUCCUUAGGGAGGUUAAGGAGCUUAAUAGCAUCUUUCAGCUCAUUCUUUUGGUUUUAAAGCCUGCAACUUUACUGUUUGCUCAUUCUCUCUGCUUUUAUAAUAUUGUUUUUGGCUGCACCAGGCAGCUGUUUUCUGUGGAAAAGUCCUAAAAACCCAUUAUACACUACAUUCUCACACAGCAGACACGGUGUGCAACUAGCUGGUGAAUACAGUGCAGCAUUUAGCAGCUAAAGCCACAUAUUUUUCUCAGAUGUUGGUAGAGGCCUAACACAGAGCUAAAAGGAGAGUGUAUAUUGGAGCUACAUUCAGCAGACAUUCAGAAACAUGACUCCAAAUAAUAGCUAGUGUUGUCUCAUGUCUGCUGGAUGUGUAAAUAAGAAACUGUUCAUUAUCUGAAAGGGUGAUAACAUGUUAGCUUGUUAUUGGCCAUAAGUGGCCAAAAGUGGAACUGUUGCAGGUUUAAUGAUAUUCAAACAUCCACAGACACACAUAUCCAUACUAAUGUCAAAGACUCAUACAGAUCUAUUUCCAAUGUGAUGUUCAGUGGAAGAAAAUUCUUUGUUGGCUGUUGUUUCUGCCUCAAAUUGCCACAAAAAAGAUCUACCAAACCUGACCCUAUAAACCGCUGUCAUGUUGAUGUUUGUAUUGCUUCAGAAAGCACAAAAAAAUAAAAUAAACUUGAGUCAUUGGGAAUGGGAACGUGCAAAACUGAAUAUGCAGUCGUAAUUUAUUUACAUAAAAUGCUAAGUGCUAAAUGCUAAAUAUGCACAUUAUGCAGUAGAAGCUUAAAGAGUAAACUAAUAUGAGAGUAUUUUAAAUGGUCACACAACUUAAAAAAAACAAUGCACAAACAUUUUCCCACUUACCUGUCAUAGCCAUGCUGCACACACUGUCAUUUUGGUUUCCAUGCACUCGCCCAGGUUUUGAAAAAUUUGCCACGAAUAAAAUGUUUUUACCUGGCAAAUGUCUCCAAACUCUGGACUAAUAAAAUCACUAUGAGAAGUAGUGGUUUUGUCAUUUAGAUGAAGUGAGCCUUUAAACACAUACUCAGUUACACAGGUGUCCAAGUCAUGUUCAGAACUGCCUACAGGCAUUAAACAAAUGGCCAUGUUUGGGACAUCUGUUACCAACUGUUACAUUUCUGUCCAUACAAGUUGUAGCUGGUGUCUGUCAUGUUAUUUAUCUAAAUACACGUGUUGUCCAUCUUCACUCAUAGACUGUAUGUUUAUAUGUGUAUUAGUAUACUACUGUAUCUUUUCUUUGUCAUCAGUCAUAAGCUAAUAAAACAUCCACAAACCAC